CGGCGGCGGCGGCGGCGGCGGCGCCAUGGAGCCGCGGGAGGUGAAGGACCGGAUCCUGGAGAACAUCUCGCUGACGGUGAAGAAGUUGCAGAGCUACUUUGCUGCAUGUGAGGAUGAGACCCCCGCCAUCCGGAACCACGACAAGGUCCUGCAGCGGCUGUGCGAGCACCUGGACCACGCCCUGCUGUAUGGCCUGCAGGACCUCUCCUCUGGCUACUGGGUACUCGUGGUGCAUUUCACCCGGAGAGAGGCCAUCAAGCAGAUUGAAGUGCUGCAGCACGUGGCCACCAACCUGGGACGCAGCCGGGCCUGGCUGUACCUGGCCCUCAACGAGAACUCCUUGGAGAGCUACCUGCGGCUGUUCCAGGAGAACCUGGGCCUGCUGCACAAGUACUACGUCAAGAACGCCCUGGUCUGCAGCCACGAUCACCUGACUCUCUUCCUGACCUUGGUGUCUGGGCUGGAGUUCAUCCGCUUCAACCUGGAUCUGGAUGCCCCCUACUUAGACCUGGCCCCCUACAUGCCUGACUACUAUAAACCGCAGUACCUGCUGGACUUUGAAGACCGCCUUCCCAGCUCGGUCCACGGCUCAGACAGCCUGUCCCUCAAUUCCUUCAACUCCGUCACCUCCACCAACCUGGAGUGGGACGACAGUGCGAUCGCCCCAUCCAGUGAGGAUUAUGAUUUUGGAGAUGUGUUUCCAGCAGUGCCGUCCGUACCCAGCACAGACUGGGAAGAUGGAGACCUCACAGACACCGUCAGCGGUCCCCGGUCCACGGCCUCCGACCUGACCAGCAGCAAGGCGUCCGCCAAGAGUCCCACGCAGCGCCACAACCCCUUCAACGAGGAGCAGGCAGAGACCGUGUCCUCCUCCGACACCACCCCUGUGCACAGCGCCUCGCAGGAGAGGGAGGAGCCCCAGGCCCUGGACCCGCCGGACAGCUGCACAGAGCUCGAGGUCAUCAGGGUCACCAAGAAGAAGAAGAUGGGCAGGAAGAAGAAGACCAGGCCGGAUGAGGAAGCUAGUCCCCUCCACCCGGCCUCCAGCCAGCAGCAGUGCGCCGGGCCGGGGGCAGACGACAGCCUUAGCAGCCCAGGCCUUGGGCAGGACUCCGCAGACACCACCCUGGCUUCCCCCCAGGACGAGGGCGAAGGGCCCAGCAGCACGGCUGAGAGCAGUGAGCGCUCGGAGCCCGGCCAGACCGGCUUGCUCAUCCCUGCAAUGGACACGUCCAUGGAGCGCCUGGGCCCGCCCCUGGGGGAGGUCAUUGGCCAGCUCGACGGGCAGCUGGACCCCAGCAGCUGGGGCCCCCACACGGAGCCCCCAGACCAGUCCUUUCGGACCGGCUCCCCCGGGGGUGCCCCGGAGAAGCCGCCAUUUUGCGACUUUAGUGAGGGGCUUCCAGCCCCCAUGGACUUCUACCGUUUUACCGUCGAGAGUCCAAGCACUGUUACAUCAGGUGGUGGCCACCAUGACCCUGCAGGGCUUGGCCAACCGCUGCAUGUUCCUGGUGGCCCUGCGGCUGCUGGCCAAGAAGAGGGAGGAGGAGGAGAGGGACCGCCGUCUCGGCCCCUAGAGGAUGCCCCAGGGGAGGUCCAGGAGCCGGAGACCCAGGGACAGCACGGCCACUCAGCCCCGCUCAGCGAGGAGCCUGUGCCGGGGCAGGAGCCUAGGACCCAGGAGGUUCUUUGCCAGCCCAAGCGGGAGCAGCCCAGCCCAUGUCUGAGCAGCGCCGAGGACUCGGGGGUGGAGGAGGGGCAGGGGAGCCCUUCUGAGGUGCCGCACUCGUCAGAGUUCAGAGUAGACAACAAUCACUUACUCCUGCUGAUGAUCCAUGUGUUUCGAGAAAACGAAGAGCAGCUGUUCAAAAUGAUCCGGAUGAGCACCGGGCACAUGGAGGGGAACCUGCAGCUGCUGUACGUGCUGCUCACCGACUGCUACGUCUACCUGCUGCGGAAAGGGGCCACAGAGAAGCCAUACCUGGUGGAAGAGGCUGUUUCUUACAAUGAACUUGAUUAUGUGUCGGUUGGCCUCGACCAGCAGACGGUGAAGCUGGUGUGCACCAACCGCAGGAAGCACUUUCUGCUGGACACAGCUGACAUGGCCCUGGCUGAGUUCUUCCUGGCGUCGCUGAAGUCAGCCAUGAUCAGAGGCUGCCGGGAGCCACCCUACCCCAGCGUCCUGACCGAUGCCACCAUGGAGAAGCUGGCACUGGCCAAGUUUGUGGCCCAGGAAUCCAAGUGUGAGGCGUCCACUGUUACCGUGCACUUCUACGGGCUCGUGCACUGGGAGGACCCUACGGAUGAGUCCCUGGGCCCCGUGCCCUGCCACUGCUCACCCCCGGAGGGCGCCAUCACCAAAGAAGGCGUGCUGCACUACAAGGCGGGCACCUCCUACCUGGGCAAGGAGCACUGGAAGUCCUGCUUCGUGGUGCUCAGCAACGGGAUCCUCUACCAGUACCCGGACCGCACCGACGUCAUCCCCUUGCUCUCCGUGAACAUGGGGGGGGAGCAGUGCGGUGGCUGCCGGAGAUCCAACACCACGGAUCGGCCCCACGCCUUCCAGGUCAUUCUUGCCGACCGGCCGUGUCUGGAGCUGAGCGCCGACAGCGAGGCCGAGAUGGCCGACUGGAUGCAGCACCUCUGCCAGGCCGUGUCCAAAGGGGUUAUCCCCCAGGGGGUCGCUCCUAGCCCCUGCAUCCCCUGCUGCCUGGUGAUUACCGACGACCGCCUCUUCACAUGCCACGAGGACUGCCAGACCAGCUUCUUCCGCUCCCUGGGCACUGCCAGGCUGGCUGACGUCAGCGCUGUCUCCCUGGAGCCGGGCAAGGAGUACUGUGUCUUGGAGUUCUCCCAGGAAGGCCAGCAGCUGCCCCCACCAUGGGUCAUCUACCUGAGCUGCACCGCGGAACUGGACCGGUUCCUGUCUGCACUGAGCUCCAGCUGGAGAACCAUCUACCAGGUGGACCUCCCCCACAAGGCCAUCCACGAAGCCGCCAGCAAGCAGAAGUUCGAGGACGCCCUGAGCCUCAUCCACAGCGCCUGGCAGCGGAGCGACAGCCUGUGCCGUGGCAGAGCCUCCCGCGACCCCUGGUGCUGAGGCAGGGCUGGGCAGCACCCCUGGUCGGGGGAACGGGAGGUAGCCGGCCAGCAGGCUCACUGUCAGCCAGGUCAGGCACACUCGGGGCCAGGCCUCCACACCAUUCAGCAGUUUGCCCUGCCCGGACAGCAGCACCGCUGUGUGCUGGGGACACUCCUGGGACCUGGCACAGGUGCCCAGCUGGUAGCGACUGCAGGUCGCUGGGCAGAGGGACUGAGCCCUGUGGGCUCUGUGGUCACACGCUCUCCCCCCAGGAUGCCGCCUCGGAUGGUGACCAGGGGAAAGCCAUCUGGGGGCGGGGGAGUGAAAGGACUUCCUGGGGCAGGAGCCCGGGCAGAGGCUCGGGGCCUCCUGGGGACCGUGGGUGCCCAGCUGUCCUUGUUUGUCUCAAGCACUUCCAGCCGUGCAGGGAGGCUGGGACACCUGUGACCAUGCAUGUGCCCUCGCUCACCCAGCUCCACGCACCGCUGCCGCCGCGCCGGAGCCCAGCGCCUUGGCGGGGCCGCCCGUCCAGGCUGCCACGGGGCCCUGCAUGCCACGGCCCUGCCCCCGCCUCCCCCACCCUGCAGUGCCCACAGGACCCAGGGAUGAGGAGCAAAGAGCAGGGGGAAGGGGCUGGAGGGGAGCGGAGCCUGCAGCCUGGUGUCCACAGUGACGACCCCUCACCGGCCCCUGCUUGGCUGGAGCCAGGCCCUGCCCGGGAGCUCUGUCAGGAGCCCUCUGGGGAACGGGUCAGGUGGUUUGGGUUUGUUUUUUAAAAUAAAAUAGACGUUAUAUUGCCAAGACUGUGCCUGGCCGUCU